CCUCCUCCUCUCCCGGGCUGUGAUCGGUUAUGCGAUCGGGAGGCGAGGACUGAGCUCCGGAUCCCGGGAUCAGCAUGUGAGAAUGAAAUGUGGGAUGCAGCACUCUGGACAGAGCCAGGAACAGGCAGCCAUACUUGUUCUGCAGAUGCCCGCUCAGCGUCACUGUGAGUCUGCAUGAGCGACUUCGUCCUCCAUCAUCUGGAGAGCCCUGUGAAUGACAUGUAGGAGAGAAGGUUAAAUACACAGCACCUGGAGGGAAGACCUUUCCUGUGAUUCUGGACUCUAGGAAUCCGCCCCAUCAACUAAACCCCCCCCGUGCAAAGGAUCUCACCAUGAUUCUGCCUUAGGAGAGAGCGUGUAUUGUAUUUUCAAUUUGAAUUUUUUGGCAGCGAUGAAAUAAUCCCCUUCCAGCCAGGUGAAAUCCUUUGUGUGUGAAUAAUGAAGUCCUCGCUGCAUCUGGAAGAAGAUGACUUUGUACCAGAGCUGCCACGUAGCAUCCACCCCCGGGAAAGGCCGGAUUGGGAGGAAACAAUCAGCGCCAUGGCCCGGGGAGCAGAUAUCCCAGUUCCCGGAGAAAUUCCCAUUGCAGUGGAACUUCCGAUGCGCUCCUGUAGCAACACCGCCAGCAUGAAAGUCAAACAUGUAAAAAAGUUAUCGUUCACAAAGGGUCACUUCCCAAAGCUGGCCGAGUGCGCUCACUUCCACUAUGAGAAUGUCGAUUUUGGCAGCAUCCAGCUCACACUAACCGAGGAGCAGAAUGAAGUGAGUAGAAACGGCUGUGAGUCGAAGGAGCUGGUCUUCCUGGUGCAGGUGGCGUGUCAGGGCCGCAGCUGGAUCGUUAAAAGGAGUUAUGAAGAUUUUAGGGUGCUGGACAAACACCUCCAUCUAUGUAUAUAUGACCGGCGUUUCUCUCAGCUCUCAGAGCUGCCCCGUUCCGACGCCGUGAAGGACAGUCCAGAGCUGGUCACACAGAUGCUGAUGGCUUACCUGACCCGCCUGUCAGCCAUCGCCGGAAACAAGAUCAACUGUGGACCAGCCCUGACGUGGAUGGAGAUCGAUAAUAAAGGAAACCAUUUGCUUGUGCAUGAAGAGUCAUCCAUCAAUGUUCCGGCCAUAGCUGCUGCUCACGUUAUUAAACGCUACAAUGCACAGGCUCCGGAUGAACUGUCCUUUGAGGUGGGGGAUAUUGUGUCUGUUAUUGACAUGCCACCAAAAGAACUGACCACGUGGUGGAGGGGGAAGCAUGGCUUCCAGGUUGGCUUUUUUCCCAGUGAAUGUGUGGAAUUAAUUAAUGAUAAAGUUCCCCAGUCAAUGACCAACUCCGUUCCAAAACCAGUCUCCCCAGCGCAUGGAAUGAGGCCGGCAUCCUGGAGCUACUUCCCCCCCUAUUUGGAGAUGGAUAGUGUAAGGACAGGGCCGCCGUGCUUUUCUGAGGUACCGAGUCCCUACAAGCUCAGUUCAGUGUCCCGGAAACACGGCAAGCUGAUCACAUUCCUGAGGACCUUCAUGAAGUCCAGACCCAGCAAGCAGAAGCUGAAGCAGCGUGGGAUCCUGCGGGAACGGGUGUUUGGCUGCGACCUUGGGGAACAUCUUCUCAACUCUGCCCAAGAUGGUGGAGGAUAUGAUGGCAGAAGUGCAAUUUAUGGUGGAGCAUAUGCAGAAGUCCCCCAGGUCCUCCGAAGCUGCACAGAGUUCAUAGAGAAACAUGGCAUUGUGGAUGGGAUAUACCGCCUCUCUGGGAUCGCCUCCAAUAUACAGAAACUACGGCACGAGUUUGACUCGGAGCAGAUUCCAGACUUAACUAAAGAUGUCUACAUCCAGGAUAUUCACUGUGUUGGCUCCCUGUGUAAACUCUACUUCAGAGAGCUCCCCAAUCCACUGCUGACUUACCAACUCUAUGAAAAAUUUUCUGACGCUGUGUCGGCUGCAACAGAUGAAGAAAGACUAGUGAAGAUUCAUGAUGUCAUUCAGCAACUGCCUCCUCCACAUUACCGGACGCUGGAGUUUCUUAUGCGCCACUUAUCCCGCCUUGCAGACUACUGCUCCAUCACCAACAUGCACACCAAGAACCUGGCUAUUGUGUGGGCCCCCAACCUCCUCCGGUAUGGGACCAUUACACCUCGAUCUAAGCAGAUUGAGUCUGCGUGUUUCAGUGGGACAGCAGCAUUCAUGGAGGUGCGCAUCCAGUCGGUGGUGGUGGAAUUUAUCCUGAACCACGUGGAAGUUCUGUUCAGUCCUAAACUCAGCUCUGUCAUACGAGAGAGUGCAGGUCACACAUCCCUGUCUCGGCCCAAAUCUCUUCUGGUUUCUUCACCAUCCACAAAGCUCCUCAGCCUGGAAGAGGCUCAAGCGCGGACACAAGCACAGAUCAAUUCCCCUGUGGUGGCUGACAGCAAAUACAUUGAGGUGGGAGAAGGACCAGCUGCCCUGCAGGGCAAGUUCCACACAGUCAUUGACUUCCCAUCUGAAAGGAAAAGACCUCCGCCUAAGAUGAAGAAGUCCCCGGUGGGCAGCUGGCGCUCCUUCUUCAACCUGGGAAAGUCCUCAUCAUCAUCAUCAAUGUCCAAGAGAAAGCUGACCCGCAAUCCAAGUGAACCCACCGAAAUGAAGGCCAUGGCCAUGUCAGGAGGAAGAGGUGACACAGGAACCAUGCGUUCAGCUAAAAGUGAAGAGUCGCUGAGUUCUCUGCAUGCUACUGACAUGGAAUCAAAGCUUUUCCGGCCAAGGCGCCCACGCUCCAGCAGUGAUGCCCUGUCUGCUUCCUAUAAUGGGGAUCUGCGCGAUGGAUGUAACCGCUGUAACUCUUAUGAUAAUCUACACCAUGAUCAGGACAGCGAUUGUGAUGAAGGACUUAUUCAUGUACCUGCCAUGUUAAGUUCUCGUUCUCAUGAUGACGAGGAUCUGAGUCCACCUGAUAUUGGUGUGGCCAGUUUAGACUUUGACCCAAUGUCUUUCCAGUGCAGCCCACCCAAGCUGGAUUGCGAGGGGCUGGAUAGUAACAAUCUGUUCCAUAUUGAUACCACUCCAGGCAGCGGCAGAGAAAGAUUUCAGAUUGGAGCCCAAACUCCUGCCAGUGGCAACAGCUCUGAGCCGAUGUCCCCUUUCCAGGAGAGGCUAUUCAGUCCGUUCCUAACCCCUGACCGCAGUCCCAGUGCAGAGAAGAUCCCAAAAGGCCCAUCUUUUGCUGAGAAGGUUGUCCAAGCUCUGUCACCAAAGGUGGGUCGCAAAGCAGUCCGAUCUCCACCCCUUACCAUUUCAGAUCCUGUCCCAGUCUCAUUGCCCAGCCGGGUGUCAGAAAUGAUUGGAAGUAUGCACUUUGCAGGUGGAGCUUCUCAGUCUCCUCUAUGGUACAAGGAUAUCAGAGAUUUGGGGACUCUGCAAGCUGCUGCAUAUAAAUCAGGAGACCUUGGAUUUGGCCAACUCUCUAUAUCGGCAACACAAGAAUCUCCAUGGACUGUGGACUCUACAGUCAUCUCUCAAUGGAACAUUGGAGGAGCUGAGAGAGAAGAUAUUGCAGGGAACAUUUCACCAGACACAUCUCAUGUUCUAUGUAGCACGGAGCUAUUCUAUACUGACAACAGCAGCCAGGAAUUUAACUCCAGUAACAAAGCUGGAUCAUCUCAAAGAGAGGAGAUUGACUUGUCAGGAUUAGAGCAGAACAAAUCCGUCCCCACUGUGCCUACACCUCCAGGAUCAUGCGUCACGGAGUCUCCCAUGGAUUCAGUCCCUGUCACCACUGUUUCCUUCAUUCCUCCCCCACCACCUCCGAAAAAUGCUGCCCGGAUGCUGGCAUUGGCCCUGGCUGAGUCAGCCCAACAAGUUUCUUAUCAGAAGAGACCACCCUACCUCCAAUUCAUGGAUUUACCACUGCCCCCUCCACCAGAUGAGAAGCCACCAUCAGAGCUAUCGCCACAAAAACUGUCUCCACCACCAGAUGCCGCCACUGAGACACAUCCUGCCAUUACCUCAGAGCCAAUCACCAACACCAGCUCAUCAUUCUCCAUCACCACUAUCCAGUACAGCCCUGUGAGAUGUCAGAAUCCAAUGCCAGGACCAAGUCCAUCAGCCAUUACCCCCGGACUGAGCCCUUCCACUCAGGUGACAGGAUCCAUUCCCCUUGAAGACACGCCACUGCCAGGGCCUGGUGAAGUGAAUAUCACCUUCCCUACUAAAGCCUUCACCCCACCCCCUUCCUCAGAUAAGCCUAGUCCGAGGCCACACUUCCACCAGCGCUCAGAGUCUUUCCCAUCACACCCAACGCAGAGCACAGCCCCACCAGCUCCACCUGUCCGAACCAUGGAGAGUCGUCUGGCUACUGCUUUGCACUCCAACUACAAUGAGGCAAUUACAGCCAGCAAUUAUCACUCCUUCCUGAAUACAAUGAUGCUGCCAUCUUCACUGGAGGAUGCACUGCCCAGACACAACUAUUCAGCUCUUAUAAAGUCUGAGAAUAUGAUGGAGCAGGGAGCCAGCUACAGACAUCCCUAUCUAUCCCAGGCCAAAGCAGAAGACAAAGUCGAAAUGGGAGAUGCCUACCGACCAUAUCUAUCCAGUAAGCCAGAUAUCACGGAGCUUGGUUACCGGCAUCACCAUCCUUCUCAGAUGGAUCCAGAGAAUCAAACCGAUACCUACGACACAUUGGUGCAUCAUAAGGCAGCAGCGAUUCCCAAGUCCUACAGGGCUGACACUCUACACAUGCAGCCAUAUUCCACCCGCUGUGAAACUUCCUCCUCUAAUUCCAACCUUUAUGGCACUUACAUAACUCAAGCCAAACACUCGGGGUUGCAGCACUCCCGCAGAAACCGUUCAGACUAUAUGGGAUCCAUGAGUCCAGGUCUACGAAGUUACUCAGAGGAUACCCCCCCUUAUCCUACCAUAAGGCGAGUUCAGUCUUUGCAUGUGCCUAUGCAACCACAACCGCCUCCUGUACGUGCAGUUCCCAUUUCCAGAACGGAAGUCCCCCCAGAUGAAGAACCUGCCUACUGCCCACGCCCAGUCUACCAGUACAAAGCAUGUCCAUCCUCAAGUUCCUCUUCAGAUUAUCAUGUCACUCAGCUGCAGCCUUACUUUGAGAAUGGGAGGGUACAUUAUCGAUAUAGCCCCUAUUCAGGGAACACAACAUAUUACUCCGCUGAUGGAACCUUCUAUGAUAUGGACCCCUAUAGUACUUUGCGUUUACGACAGUUUCACGUCUACCCAAGUCGAGAUUUUGCUUCUUAUACCACAAGACACCAGCCCAAGGCUACAUAUCGAUCACAAGGCCUUGCUCCAUAUCCAAGAGGAACUCUACGUGAGCACAAUUUCAUCAGUCGAGAUGUGCCUCCAGAACAUCCUCGGCCAAUUCAUAUUUCCUGGGAUAUGGAGGAUAUGGACCGAUACAGGCUGCAGUCUUUAAGAAGAGAGAACAGGCCACGUCCGAGAUCUAAGGGACCUGUCAUGUCUCAGUAUGAUAAUGUCACUCCAUCUUUAGUGGAUGAUAUAGCAGGUUUAGAUGUGAUUCAUCUCAGAAGCCGGUCAGACCCAGGAAAGACCCCUGGCCUUCUAAGUGUUGCUGAAUCAAAAGAUAGCCGAUAUCCAGGAAGAAUAGAAGGUGAUGAACGACUGCCACCUCCUCCCCCUCUAUACGGAAAUGGACACCAAGAGAGGCCAUCCCUGCCACAGAAGCAGACUGGAACAAGUAGGAGUAGAUUACAACACGAGUUAAACCCUGAGCACCGGACUCCACCUCAGCAGGAUACUGGACACAGGCAAACUUCUGAUGGAAGAAAUGGUCCACCAUUCCCACCUGCAGAGUACAACUCCAAGUCCAUGCCAAUGCCUUCUGAUCAUGCAUCUUAUCAUUCCUCGACCAAUAAGUGCAAUGUAAACCCACAGGAACCAGUAAGGCUCAAUCACAAAGACAUGAGACUGUCGGAAGAUAAAGACCGGCCACUUGUAAGGCCAGCAGACAAUUCUCACCGAGACUGUUACAGAGAGGACAGUGUGCAGUUUGUCUCUAAUACAGCUCCACCUAAGCCAGAGAGGAGCCACAGCCUGAGAGGCCAUAUUCCUGAGACUUUGGAAAGAGAACCUGCCAUCUUUUAUCCAUAUCAAACACUUCAUAGCAAGCUCCAUAGCUCCAUAACUGCACUAUCUCAGUAUGAUAAUGUGGCAGAUUAUCAUUCAAUACCACACCAUCGAUCAACAAGCCAAUCUACUCAGAAUGCCUUCCCCCUUUCUCAAGCUCGGACCUAUGCCACGGCACUUGGCCAAGGAGCCUUUCUAGCUACUGAGUUAGCCAUGCAAAGGCAAGAGGCCAAACUCCAUGCAGAGUAAGUUUCUGCCAGGAUAGGAGGGUAAAAGGUGGAGAGGACUUCAUUCUUAUUAGGCAGACCCCUGCUGGACAGCGGACUGUUUUAUUUUUUCAAAAGACGAGAAGAAAAAAAAAAUACCAAAUUUUAGAUGCGAUACACAAUAACUUCAGUACACAAUUAGCAAUAUACACGGAUACUGAUACACCUGCACUCCACUCCAUGGUUAGAUAACUGUUUUUAUGUUGUAAAAGGUGAUGUCAUGAAUUCUGUACCAUUCGUUAGUCCCCCCCCCCCCAUCCUUAGUGUCCUUCCUAAAUGUGAGGAAGGAACACAGAGAGGAAUAAAGGACUUCUAUUUAAUCCAUAUUGGGUUUUUUGUGUAUAUGAAACAUUUAUGAUGAUGUUCCUUAACCCUGUGGUACGUUUUAUGUUAUUAUCGCCUCUUGAAGUGGCAUCCUUAUUCAGAGCUAUCCUUAUGUAUAAAAAUGGCAAGUUAUGGAAUAUAAAUGAACCAGUAACCAAGAGCAUGUAUAUCGUAGGUCCACGUCCCUAGUGCUCCUAUUUUUUCUCUUGUUCUAUGAACCUGCACAGAUUAAUGGUCUGCGCCUAAUUUCCUUCCAUAUAUGUAAGCACUCUGCAGGAAGGAGCGCACAUAUUGCCGAGUAAAUGACUAGAAAACUUUGUGAGCCAUCCCUUAGAUAAGUGUAUAUUGAAACCUUGGGCCCUCCAUUAUUUUCUCUUCACUUUUCUCGGUGUGGCAUGAAAACAAUAAACCUUAUAACAAAGACCGUCCCCUUAAACACACACACACACACACACACGCACCACUCCCACUCCGUCAAUUACAUCCCCACCAUACUAAUAUAGCCAUACUACCGAGUCUCUUACCAGAAUUCUGUGUAUCUGUUACUGUGUUAAACACUAUUUCGAUAGUAAACUCGUCUGUUUAAAAGACAGAUUUGCAGAAAAAAAUAUAUUUUUGACUGUUGUAUUCUUGGAAUAAAGUUCUCCUCAUAUCAGAGUUUUGCAGUUAAUUCCAUCUACAUCGACCCUAAAUAAACAUCUGUGUAAUACAUUA